GCAGUGUGCUUUAGGCGGCCUGCCUGCCUGCUUGUUCUCUUGUUGUGCUGCUUAAAGGGACCUCAGCUUCCUUCCCGACGGCGCGAGAGACGCGACGGUCCUCCUCCUGGGGAAGAAGCUGCUGUCUGAGAGAUAAUCGAUAGCAGAUUUCAAGACCGACCAGUCCAGCACACAGGGUUGGUGUCCAAAGAUUCAGAAGUAGACAUCUGACUGCUUCCCUAUCCAGAUUAUCAUCUGGGCUCCCUAAACCUGCAACCUCACUAUGGAUGACUUUGAACGUCGCCGAGAACUCAGGAGGCAAAAGAGGGAAGAGAUGCGUUUGGAAGCGGAGAGAAUCGCCUACCAGAGGAACGAUGAUGACGAAGAAGAGGCCGCCAGGGAACGGCGUCGCCGAGCCCGGCAGGAAAGGCUGCGUCAGAAACAAGAGGAAGAAUCCUUGGGGCAGGUGACUGACCAGGUGGAGGCUCAUGCCCAGAACAGUGUUCCUGAUGAAGGGUCUAAGCCAGCCACCACAAACACUCAGGUCGAAGGUGAUGAGGAGGCUGCCUUACUGGAGCGCCUGGCUAGGCGCGAAGAGAGACGCCAGAAACGCCUCCAGGAAGCCCUUGAGCGUCAGAAGGAGUUUGAUCCAACUAUAACCGAUGCCAGUCUGUCCGUCCCGAGCGGAAGUACGCAAAAUGACAUCGCAGAAAAUGAAACAGCAGAGAAGGAAGAGAAAAGGGAGAGUCGCCCGGGACGAUAUGAGGUGGAGGAAACAGAAGUCGUCGCCAAGUCCUACCAGAAGAACAGCCAUCUGGAUGCUGAAGACACAAAGAAAGAAGAAAAGGAGGAGGAGGAGCUGAAGGGAGGGAGCGUUGGCGAAAAUCAGGCUGAAGAGAAGAGAGCUAAAGGGCAAGCUCAAAAGUCCCAAGAUGACAAGCCCGCCUCCAAAAAGGAAGAGAUCAAAGAUGAGAAGAUUAAGAAGGACAAAGAACCCAAAGAAGAAGUCAAGAGUUUCUUGGAUCGAAAGAAGGGAUUUACAGAGGUGAAGGCACAGAAUGGAGAAUUCAUGACUCACAAGCUUAAACAAACCGAGAAUGCUUUCAGCCCCAGCCGCCCCGGAGGCCGGGCCAGUGGAGACAAAGAAGCUGAAGGUGCCCCACAAGUGGAAGCGGGCAAAAGGCUGGAGGAGCUGCGCAGGCGCCGUGGGGAGACCGAGAGCGAAGAGUUUGAAAAACUCAAACAAAAGCAACAGGAGGCAGCCUUGGAGCUGGAAGAGCUGAAGAAAAAGAGGGAAGAGAGAAGGAAGGUCCUGGAGGAAGAGGAGCAGAGAAGGAAACAGGAGGAAGCUGAUCGAAAAGCUAGAGAAGAGGAAGAGAAGAGGAGGCUAAAGGAAGAGAUUGAAAAGAGAAGGGCGGAAGCUGCUGAGAAACGCCAGAAGAUGCCAGAAGAUGGCUCGUCCGAGGACAAGAAGCCAUUCAAGUGUUUCACUCCCAAAGGCUCAUCUCUGAAGAUAGAGGAACGAGCAGAAUUUUUGAAUAAGUCAGUGCAGAAAAGUGGUGUCAAGUCAACUCAUCAAGCAGCAGUAGUCUCCAAGAUUGACAGCAGGCUGGAGCAGUAUACCAACGCAAUAGAGGGAACAAAGGCUUCCAAACCUCCUAAGCCUGCAGCCUCGGAUCUCCCUGUCCCUGCUGAAGGGGUCCGCAACAUUAAGAGCAUGUGGGAGAGAGGGAAUGUGUUUUCCUCCCCCUCUGCCUCGGGAACACCAAAUAAGGAAACCGCUGGCCUCAAGGUGGGAGUUUCCAGCCGCAUCAAUGAAUGGCUAACUAAAUCACCAGAUGGCAACAAGUCACCUGCUCCAAAGCCUUCUGACUUGAGGCCAGGAGAUGUAUCUGGCAAGCGGAACCUCUGGGAAAAGCAAUCUGUGGAUAAGGUCACUUCCCCCACUAAGCAGGUUUGAAACAAUCGGAGAAAGAACCCAACUGCGAGACGUCUUGCUGGGUCAGCUCAGUUGUAGGAGGCUAACUGUUCUGUUUAUAUUUAUGUUGAUUUACUAAAUUGGGUUCAUUUUCCUUUUUUAAAAAAAAAUCCAAUAUCCCAGUAAACCCAUGUAUAUGCUCACUAUAUUUAAUAAUCACAACUAGAGAUAUUCAUGGCCAAAGUACUGCCAUUGCAGUGGAGCCUGUUGCUAAAGAAACCCCGUGCUGUGAAAUAGACUCGCUACUGUCUGCUGUCAUCUGAGCAGUGACGUCAACCACAUUGGAAGUCAACAAAAGGAAGUCAAGAUUAAGAUUACCUGAGGAAUGCAUGCAGUAUGGGGGGGGGGGGAGGGAGGGGAAUGAACCAUAGGUUUUGUUUCAAUACAGACAUCAUGUUUCUGCACUUUAAAGCAUGGAAGAAAUUAUCUAAGUAGGCAAUCGAAACUAUCUGAAAGGAACCCAUUUCAGAUCUGAUACAGGGCAAUAAUGAUUGUCUUUUUUUU